AUGUCGCACGAGGCGACUUCGCGCCAGACGGCAGAUGACGUUCAGGCAAAUGAUUUGCUGGCACAGCGGCCAAAGAACUACGCAUACCGGCUACUCGAUAGUAUCGGCCUCAUCACAGUCCACAAUUCACCAACCGACGCAAAACUCAUCCUCAUUCAGCGCUUCGUACGAGUCUUUGGCUAUGGCCUCGUUGCACUCAACCUUGCUGCCUACCUGUCCGCGCUGGGAUUCUCUGACACCCAGAUUGGGAUCUUCUUUGGCCUUACGCUAAUUGGCGACUUCUUCAUGGUCCUGCUGCUGACUCAGUUCGCUCACGUCAUUGGAUUAAAGACUGUGCUCGUCGUUGGUGCGGUGCUGAUGACUAUGAGCGGCGUUGUCUUCGCUUUGGCAAGCAACUACUGGAUUCUACUGGCUGCAGCCGUGCUGGGAGUGCUGAGUCCAAGUGCUACCGAGGUGGGCCCAUUCAAGACCAUCGAAGAAGGUGCUCUAUUCAACGUCGUGAUCCGAAACGUGGUCGAUGUGAUGGCUUGGUAUGGCACUGCUGAGUUUCUGUCCACUGCUCUCGGCAUUGCAGCUUGUGGUGCAAUCAUGGCAUUUCUUCAGAGCUCAAGGUUCUCGUGGACGUUUGUGUCCGCAUGUCGCGCAGUCUUUGCCAUAUACGCCGGCAUAGGAGUCCUGAAGAUCAUCUUGUCGAGUUGCCUGAGCGAGCAAAUCGAGACACAAAUAACGUCAAAGGAUGGCGGGCCCCAGGAAAGGAGAGGACAACCACAGUCUUCUCCGAGCCCUCCAGCAACAGCGAUUGUUGCAGAAGAUGAGCCGCUGCUCUCGUCGCUGGCAGCAUCAUCUCUUGACUCGGAGACCUCUGUACACAAGCAAGGCUUCUCUGUCCUUUCGUUGGACUCGAAAGAGAGACUCCUUCUGCUGAAACUCUGUGUACUUCAAGCGACGGAUUCCAUCUCCGUUGGGCUGUCUUCAGUACCAUGGCAAACAUACUUUGUGCGAACGCGAUUUGGUCUCUCCAGUUCGAGCCUGGGUACAAUAUUCUUCUUUGGCAGCAUGCUGUCAGCAGCUGGCACCAUGACAUCCGUUUCGCUGUCUCGGAGACUUGGCAACAUGGUCACACUAGCAACAACAUACGGCCCAGCAGGUCUAGUGAUGCUCUUCUUCGGCCUCCCCUCUACUCCCCCUCCCCUUGUCUUCCUCCUCCUCCUUCAGGCAUUCCUUGACGAUAUAUACCUCGCGCCCAGGAACACACUCAUAGGCCGAAUCCUCACGCCAAUAAAUGGGUUUGGUUCUUUUCUGACGGGUGUGCUGGCUGAUCGAGGACUGUUCUGGCUUGUGUUUGUCAUUGCAGGCAGUCUGAAGAUGGUGUAUGUUUGUGCUAUGCUCUGGACUUUCUUGGCAGUUGAUCGUAGAUUGACUGCUGAGAUUGAUGGAAGGGACGAUGACAGGGACUGA